AUGGCAGCGCAUCGUUUCGAUCCCACGUUUACUGACAAUGUCAUUAACGCCAUGGGGCCCAAGACCUCGCCUCGCAUGCGCCAGCUCAUGACCGGGCUUAUCCGGCACGUACAUGACUUUGCGCGAGAGAACGAGCUCACGAUGAGCGAUGACAAGCGGAAUGAAGGGCAGCUAGUAUGCGAUGUCAUCGGAUUAGAAUCCCUGGUGGAUGAAAUCACAUUCAAACUUGCCGAGGAGGCACCAGAUGCCCCGACAGCAACGGCCAUUCUGGGCCCAUUCUUCCGCGCCGAUACGCCGUACCGAGAGAACGGCACGGAUAUCGUGUUCACGAAGCCCAAGGACGGCCAGAUGACCUUCAUGCACGGUCGAGUCCUGGACUUUACAACGAAGAAGCCGCUGGUCGGCGCCACGGUCGAAGUGUGGCAGGCCUCGACGAAUGGCCUUUACGAGCAGCAGGAUCCCGAGCAGGUUGAGUACAACCUGCGUGGCAAGUUCAAGACAGAUGCCGACGGCCGCUAUUACUUCUAUUGCUUGCGACCAACUCCGUAUCCCGUCCCGGAUGACGGCCCUGCUGGGAAGUUACUCCAACUCAUGGACCGCCACCCCUUCCGCCCUGCUCACAUUCAUAUCCUUGUCACGCUUGACGGCUACCGCCCACUUACAACUCAGAUCUUUGACAGCAAAGACCAAUACUUGACCAAUGAUUCGGUCUUCGCAGUUAAGGACUCCUUGAUUGUGGACUUUGUUCCCGAAAAGAUGACCCUAAGGCUGCACUUGAGCUACAAUAUGAUGUGA